UGAGCGCGGGCGGGCGCGGCGCGAUGUGAGCGGGGCGGCGGGGCAGCGGGCGGCCAUGCGCUUCUGAGCCGCGCAGGAUGUUCGGGCUGGAGCAGUUCGAGCCGCAGAUGAGCAGCCGGAGCGGCGGGCAGGGGGAGCGCGGCUUCGGGCAGCCCGGACUGAGCAUGAGCGCGCACUUCAAGGCGCCGGCCUUCCCCGGCGGCGGCCCGGCGGCCGCGGUGGACCCGGCCCUGGGCGCGCUGGGCGAGCCGCCCCUCCUCGGCAUGAACAUGAGCCUGCCCGGCGACGGCUACGGCUUCCCGGGCCGCGGCCCCGCCGAGCUGCACGGCGCCGGCAUGCAGCCGCCCGUGCACGGCUUCUUCGGCGGGCAGCAGCCGCACGGCGGCCACGGCGGCGCGCACCACCCGCACCAGCACCAGCACCAACACCAGCACCAGCCGCACUUCGGCGGCAACUUCGGGCCCGACCCCGGCGCCUCCUGCGUGCACGGCGGCCGCCUCCUGGGCUACAACGGCGCGCUGGGCGGGCAGACGGCGUUCGCCGACGGCUACGAGCACAUGGCCGAGAGCCAGGGCGCCGAGGGCUUCGGACAGCAGCGCGCCGGGAACCUGCCCGACUUCCAGCAGCACAGCGCCGGCGCCUCCGGACACGCCGUGCCGGCGCCCUGCCUGCCCCUCGACCAGUCCCCCAACCGCGCCGCCUCCUUCCACGGGCUGCCGGCGGCCGGCUCGUCCGAGCCCCACGGCCUGGAGCAGCGGCGGCUCCCCGCGCAGGACUCUCUGGAAUACAAUUACCCCGGCGACGGCCCCGCCGCGCACUUCGAGCUGCCCGUCUUCUCGCCGUCGGAGCCCGAGGGGCAGCUGCCGCACUACGGCGGCGGGCGGCAGGUGCCGGCGGGCGGCGGCUUCGCGGGGACAGCGCUGCCCCGGGCGCCGGGCAUGGCCGUGGCCAAGGCGCAGCCCCCGCCGCCGCCGCCGCAGCAGCAGCAGCAGCACGGCGUUUUCUUCGAGCGCUUCGGGGGAGCGCGGAAGAUGCCCGCCAGCCUGGAGCCGGGGGCCAGCGCCAGGCACCCGCUGAUGCAGCAGCAGCAGCCGCAGCAGCCGCCGGGCUUGCUGGCCAGACAGAACUCCUGCCCGCCGGCCAUCCCUAGGCAACAGCAAACAGAAGCCAACGCUCCCAACCCCAACUUGCAGGACAAUGGGCCGAUAAUGCAGAACCAGCACGCACAGUUUGAAUACCCUAUUCACAGACUGGAGAACAGGAAUAUGCAUCCCUACGCCGACCCCGUGUUUAAUAUGCAGCACCCUCCUCCGCAACAGCCACCAAAUCAAAGACUGCAGCACUUCGAUGCCCCCUACGUGAGCGUCGCCAAGCGGCCGCGCUUCGACUUCCCCGGCAACCCCGGCGUCGAGCGCUGCGCCUCCUGGGCCGGCGGCAUGCACGGCCCGGCCAUGGAGAGCCACCUCUCCCCGACGUCCUACCCGGGGCUGCCGGGCGAUUUCACCCCGCCGGCUCCCGACGCCUUCGUAGGGCCGCUGCCGCACGGCGGCCCCGAGCACCCGGCGCUGGCGCAGCGCCAGAACGCGGCCCUGGUGAUGAAGCAGAUGGCCUCGCGCAGCCAGCAGCGCCUGCGGCCGCCCAGCCUGCAGCAGCUGGGGCACCACGGCGAGGUGGGUCCCGCCGGCUCCCUGCCGCCGCCCGGCUUCGAGCGCGAGGCCGCCGCCGCCGCCGCCCCGCCCGGCGCCUACCCGCCGCCGCCGCCCGAGUUCCCGCCGCCGCCGCCGCCGCCGCGGCCCGCCGCCAGCAAGCUGGGCGCGCUGUCGCUGGGCUCCUUCAGCAAGCCGGCCGGCAAGGACAACGUCUUCGGCCAGAGCUGCCUGGCCGCCCUCUCCACCGCCUGCCAGAACAUGAUCGCCAGCCUGGGCGCCCCCAACCUCAACGUCACCUUCAACAAGAAGAGCCCGGCCGAGGCCAAGCGCAAGCUGAGCCAGGCCGAGCCCGACCCGCCGCCGCCCGCCGCCCCGGACUACUUCCCGGCGGGGCCGACGGCGGGCGGGGGCGCGGGCAAGGCCGCCCCGCUGCUGCCCGCCGAGAGCAGCCUCUCGCCCGGCUUCGCGCUGGAGCCGGCGGCCGGCGGCGAGGGGAAGGCGGGCGGCGGGCGGGGGCGGGGCCGCCGGAAACGGGACAGCGGGCACGUCAGCCCCGGCACCUUCUUCGAGAAGUUCUCGGCCGCGGAGGGCGGCGGGGCGGGCGUCAGCCCGGGGCAACCGGCGCCUCCGGCCGCGGGGGGUCCGCCGGGGGCCGCGGGCGCGGAGCGCGGCGGGGGCACGCCCCACGAUAAGCCCCUGACCUCGCCCUCCUGGGGCAAGGGCGGCGAGCUGCUGCUGGGCGAGCAGCCCGACCUCAUGUCCUCGCUGGACAGCGGCAUCCAGAGCGUGACCAAGUCGGACGGCGGCUCCCCGCACGUGGACUUCGCCGACGAGGUCAGCACCAGCUACGGCAACGAAGACGAGGUGUCGUCCAGCUCCGACAACGCCGGCCCCAAGCCCACGCGCAGCCCGCUGCUGGGCGGCUCGCCCAAGCUGCCCCGCGGGGAGCACGCGCUGCUCAACGGACAGAAGCCCCUGGCCCUCGGCCUCCUCAAUACAUCUACCUCGACCCCCGACAGCUACGGGCUCAGCAGCACGGCGGGCGCGCACCCCGGCACGCCGGGCAUGGAGCAGGUGCGGACCCCCAGCAGCACCUCGGCCCAGGACGAGAUCCACCCCCUGGAGAUCCUGCAGGCGCAGAUCCAGCUCCAGCGGCAGCAGUUCAGCAUCUCGGAAGACCAACCUUUGGGGCUGAAGAGCAAAAAGGGGGAGUGCGCGGGGCAGAAUGGGGACAGUGACCUGGGCGGGUGUUGUUCGGAGGGCGUCAAGAACGCCAUGAGCACCAUCGACCUGGACUCCCUGAUGGCGGAGCACAACUCCACCUGGUACCUGCCUGGUGAGAAGGCCCUGAUGGAGGGGCAGGAGGAGGACAAGCCCAUGGCGCCUUGGGAGAAGCCCAAGCCCCCGAACCCCAGCAAAGAAGCCCACGACCUUCCCCCGAGCAAGACGUCGGCCGCGGCGCAGACUGGCAGCCACUUGCAGUGCCUCUCGGUGCACUGCACGGACGACGUGGGCGAGGCGAAGGGCCGGACUGCGGUGCCGACAUGGAGGUCCCUGCACUCGGACAUCUCCAACAGAUUUGGGACUUUUGUGGCCGCCCUGACUUGAACAAAAGAAAUUAUUUUUUUUCCUCUUUUUAAUUUCAAAGGGCCGCUACUGCUAGGUGGACUAUUUUUCUAGGUUGGUACCUGCUUAGUGGCAUAUGGACUGGAAAGGGUUAAUUUAAAGUAAACCUCAACUUUUUUUUAAUCUUCUGCCACAGUAUGUUACCAGUGUUAACCCUUCUGCAGUUAGCACACUUUUGCUUAAGAUUUUCCUGCUAGACCACUUUUUCCCAUUAUUCUGUAAUCUUGGCAUACAUUUAUAGAUGAAGCCUUUUCCCUUUUCAUCUCAGCGUAUGUCCAAGUCACGUAUGUCAUAAUAAGACAAAGAUGCUACUUCUCCUCCUCCUCCUUUUCUUCAUUGCUUUUUUUUUCUUUUGUUUUGCUUUGCUCAGUGCUUAUUACGAUGGUUAAUCCUGAAGAACAGCAGUUCAGGAAUAAACGCCGGUUAAAUGAAAUUGUCAUCAUUAUGUUAUGUAUUGACACCCAGCUUUUGCCAGUCACAUCCAAACCAAACGAUUAAUGCUCUUCUGAACGUUCAGACAGUGAUCCUUUCCUCAGAAAAUGAAGGUUUGUUAUGAAUUAUGCUCAGCCUGCACCUCCCUCCCUCAUUUGCUCCCCAUCUCUCUGCGAGGUGAGGACAGGGGUUUGUUUGUUUGCCUUUGUGAAACGCAGAUACGGAACUCUGUCAUGACUGGGCUGGUUCAGGCAUGGCCUGGGAAGGUACACAGAUGAUUCCCUAAAUAGCUCUAACAGGAAGUUUACCUAAUAACGAAUAGUCAUUAUCUCCUCCACCAAACACCCAGGUUGCAGCAGCAUUUUCUUCCUCUGCCUCUCACUUUGAGGAGCAAGGGGUGCACAUGUUCCCAGGCAUGCUGUGUUCCUGGUGGUGUUCCCAAAGCUGUCAUUUUAUUUUAUAACUGCUGGAGAAAAAAACAAUCCCCCAAAGGCACUGAGCCCCUUCUGCUCUGCAGGCUACGAGCAAUGCAGUGUCCUGGCCCAACAAGUGUGCUCUGCUAUGGGGUUGGGCCUGGGCCCAGCAUCCAGCUGGAGUUCCCAAAGCCACUGUGAAGCUGCAUGGCAGCGCAGCUCCCAUUUUUUUCCCCAUUAUAGCUGAAGGAAGAUGCUGUUGAUCAGAGGUGUGAUGCUCUUGUCUGUGGGAGCCACCCUAGCUGCAGUGGCAGCUGUCCCAGUGUGGUCACAGUAGGUGGAUGAUUGGAGACAGCCUACACCAAGGGCCCUGUGCCCAAGGUCAGCACUUCCUGAUCUGCCAGGACCGGGAAACCCCAGGUUAGACCAUUCCAAACUUAGGCUGGGCUCCAUUUUUGCCAUGCAUGUGAAGAACGCUGUUGUUAGAUGAACACAAUAAAAGGAAAACCACGCUUUCCUGGUCUCGGUAGAUAAUACUCAUUGGAGAAGAAAGCUGGAAGCAAACCAGAUAAAAACACAAAUGGCACGGUGAUCUGACACUCCUGUGGCUUUACGUAAAGCUGUCUAUUAUUUGCAUAUCCUCUGUUUACAGGGAGUGUGAGCAGUCCCACCCUUGCUCAGGCCAGCCUGGCUUCCUCUGCUCCCCAAAGCUCAGUAGCAUCACUGGGGAGUUACGUUUUUGCUAUGAAAUAAGAGUCAGCCUCUCUUGAGUUAUUCAUUGCUUCUCUCAUGAAUUCACAAAAUGUGUCCCUUCUCAAGGGAUGGAAUUUGAAGACUGCUUUGUAUUUUUAGAUGAUUGUGCCGGGCCUUUAAUUAUUUUGAAGUCUGGCUUUCAGUAGACAUCAGUGGGGAGGGAGUUCUGCCUACCAUGCUAAUGGCCACAGCACUGUCUGAAAUUCUCACUCUUGAUCAUAUAUGGCUUCAGAAUGAUUCACAGUGUUUUGGAAGGCAGGAUUUCUUGUUAUUUGAAUGUGCUCUUAUUAACCAUGCAUGGAUUGAUUUCCCGUUAUGGUUGUGGUCAGUGACUUGACUUUGGAAAAAAUGGAGGGUUGGGGACCUUGAUUUUUAAUAUUGCUUUACUUUUCAUUGAAGCUGGAGCUGUCACUAGGGUGAGGAUUUUUGCCUAUGCUGAAGCAAUUCACUGGAACCACCUCACACGCACUUGGUUUGGAACCAGAACAUGCCACGUUUUGUACCUUUGUAGGUAUGUGCUACUGAAAGUUUGGAGCUUUUCCCUGGAACUGCAAUAAAAUAUCUCCAGGUUGAAUAACAAUUAUCGUUGCCCACUCUGGAAGACUGUGAUUUGUUAAGUCCCAGUUCACUAAAAUACGUGUUUAACUUUAAAUGCAGUCUAGCAAAUCACUUAAGGAUAUGCUGAACUGAGUGGGACUUCUGCAUCCAGUGAAGCGUGGAAGAGUGCUUUGGUGGAUUAGUGCCUCAGUUCUCAUCUUUUCAUUUCAGCUUAUACUUGUUCAAGCUAGGUGUGUCUUGGAGUAAACCCAGCAAAGCACAUGCCUGGACAUAUGAUACUGUCUUUCAGCACUUACAGCUAAAAAUUUAGGAAGAGUUCAUGGUCUGAUGGCAUUCCUGUACCAUCGCUCAGGCCUGAUGGCUUGCUUCUUUGUUUUUAGUUUUUCCUGCUGCAUUCAGAACAGGUUUUUCAGGCUUCCUCAGGUCAGGGAUGCACACCCUGUGCUACCAGGAAGAGACCUUUCAAUGAAUGCUGGAUCGAACGCUUCAAAUCUCUUUUAAAGAGAAAUCCUCCUGUAAGUAGCAGUGCAUUGAUUCCGUUGGUUUUCAGCAUCCUUCCUUUCUGGUUUGCUCUCUGCAGCUCUGCUUCUAUCCUGGAGUUGUUCUCGUUCUUUGAGGACUUAUUUUUCCACUUGGUUAUAGGAGUACAAAUUGGAAACAAGCCCAUAAAAACAGCAGAAUUCUGAGGGUUUUAAAUCAGAGGAGAUGAGGAGAGGAUGGGGUCUCUGCACUGGGGCUGUUCUGUCAGCCCCCUGGGGCAGUGCAGUGGGAGAUGGGCAGGUAGGGUUUGCAGGUAGUGAGGAGUUAGAGUGGUCAGCCUUCCUGUGGGCCUUAUGUCCGUAUUGCUUUGCUAAAUAAUACGGUUAAGUGCAAUCCUAUUGCUAACCUUCUGUACAUUCAACCUUGCUGAACACAAGUGACAUUACUGACUGAGCAAAAAGACCAGGUGGCAGCUCUGCUGGGGCAGAUGUCAGCAAUGCCAGUGCUGGUGUGCAUUUCUAUGGUUUUCUUUUUGCCAAAGAUCAGAACAGAAUCGGUACAUAUGCUGACCAGGACGAGGAUAAUUUCAUGCCCAUAGCCUGGUGUGUUUGGUACAGACAGCACAGGUUGGAGCUCUGACAAAAGCUUGUUUUGCCUGUGGUAAUUUUACUGUUCUCAUUUUCUCCAUUAAUUUAACCCUGAAUGCGUUAUUUUUUUUUUAACAUAUAGAAAAUAUAUCACCAUAGCUAAAAUAAUGGCCUCGCAUUUAAGAGGGCUGCUCUGAAAGUAAUGCCUCCAGUUUUAUGAUGUUGGCCCGUGCCAUCAGAAGUGGAAGUUGGUACAGCAGUGGAGGUUGGACCUUCCACAAAUAUCCCGUUAAUUCUGCUGCUGUGUGACAGAUGGCAGCAGAGGGGCAGGCUGACAAAUGACGUCUGACAUGGAAGUGCAUAUGA